AUGAAUAACAAUACGAUUAUUACCGAUACUAGUAAUUCUAAUAGUAGCAACAAUGGUAUCAAUAAUUUCACUAUGGAAACUUCUAUGAACCAACAAGGUAGUACUACGAUGGUGGGUAUUGUUGAUAAUUCAUUCUAUUCCAAACCUUCUCCUUCCUCUUCCACUACCACCACCAGAGAAUCUACUUCAGCUAACAAUAUACAUCCCUCUAGUUUUAUUCAUCACCAACAACAACAAGGAUUCGCUCAACAACAUAAUUCUCAGAAUAAUAAUAGUAGAAUGGAAUCAAUAUCAUCAUCAAAUGCAUUCUCUACUUAUAACCAACAAUCUUCACAUCACAAUGUUCUUCCAUCACUUCCUUCACUAUCUCAAAUGACAACCAGCUCCCCUAACCAAAUUUAUCCACAGAAUACUAAUAAUAGUAAUUUGGGAAAUUCUGCUGUCUAUCCAAAUAAUAAUCCUUACUUGCUGGGAAAUAGUAUGGCUAACAAUAAUACAAUGAUGAGCCCAUCGAUGGUAUCAAAUGAUAGUAACAAUCGAGAACAUCUUCCACCACCUCCACCUUCUGAUUUUUCAUACUCAUCUAAGCAACAACCAAUGUUUAAUCAAAAUCCUCCUACUAAUAAUGGUAAUAUCCAAAUGAUGCAUUCACAAAUGAAUCAACAACAUGUGCGUCUUUCAAACAUGCCCCAGAAUUACAAUCAACAACAACGUGCCCAAAAUGAAGACAAUUUACCAUCUCUACAACAGUUUGGAUUGUUAUUUUCUCAAUCCUUGAACAUUUAUCCAAGUAGUUCAAACGCUCAAUUCCAACAAAAUUCUAAACCUCCAACUACUGAAAAACCAAUACAUCAAGUAUAUAAUGAUAACAGACAACCAAAAGUUGCAAUGAGUUUGAAUACUAACAAGGCUAAACCUCUGAGUGUGGCCCCACAAAAUAAUCAACAAGUUCAUACCAGCUCUAUUUUGAAUCAACUGCAUCAAUCUCAAGACCAAAAUAAUUCUAUGAAGAAUAGAUCAUCUAAACUCAUUUCACCACAAUCCUACAUGGGUCCAUAUCCAAAUAAUCCUCCAACUUCCUUUGUGAACCAACCUAAAUACUCGAAUCAACGACCUGUUGUUCUUCCACAAGAAGAAUCAAGAAAUAUCUCACCAACUGAAAAGUCUAGUAUGAUAGUACUUCCGUCAAACAUGGUUGUCUGUGAAGGACUAUUAAAAUUAAUUUCUCACAGAAUAAUGGAAACUAUGCUUGCCUUUGAUGAAAAAACUAUGAAGAACGAAGAAACAAAAUUAAGAUUGCAAGAUGAAUGGAAUAAGCUUGUAAAUGAGUAUUUCAUCAAUGGAAGAAGACUUGAGGGAAUGACACAAGUAUUGCAUACCUUGUUUGGAAUGUUAACUUCAGAACCAGAUAUUGAAAUUAUCAAGGAAGGUAUUUCUCCAAAUUUCAACAAGAAGGGAGAUCAUAUGUUAUCUAUCAAAUUUAGAGCAAACUUGAGAAUAGUAAGACUUAAGAUUUGUAUAUUUUUCCUUUUAUUCAAAUUAAGUGUUGGUACUUGUUUCCAACCAGAAAAUGGAAUGGAAGAAUUUUUAGAAACAAAUUCUUUGGUAGUUGACGAAAAAUUGUUUUCAGCCAUGACUUGGGAGCAAUUUAUCCUUGAAAUGGACGCUAUUGAAAGUAAAUUAAGAUUUAAGAUUGAUAUGAUUACUCACGAGGAUAAUGAAAACUCCAUGGAGGAUGCCUACCCUUAUCAACUCAAUGUAAAAAAUAAUACUAUGAAUUCAUUGGUAUUGGAAUCAGUCUCAGAAGAAAAGCUUCAGGCUUCUUUCAAUCAGUUAUUAAUUGAUAGGUCCAACAUUGAGAGAUUCAAACAAAGUAGCUCACGAUCUAAUACUUUUAGACUUAGAUUAUCUAUACAAAUGUCAAAUUAUCUUACCAUAACCAAGUUCAGUAAUAAUGUUUUGAGUAUUGAUAAUAAUUAUGGGCUUAUAGAAUCUAGAAGCAUUUCUACAAUGUUUCCACUCCAUAUUGAAAGAGCCGAAAGAAAGAACAAGGUUGUUGUACUUGAGUUUAACCGUGAUUUCUUUGUUACUCCAACAAGAGACAAAUCAGAUAUUGAUUUUAUUGUCGAAUUGACAAAGGGAGAUGAAAGAAAAAGAGUAUCAAUCAAGAAUAUUUAUAUUGACAAGAUAAUCGUUGAAUACAUAAGUGGAGCACAGUAUGUCACUGUCACCAGAGGGCAAGAUGUCUUGUGUGAAAAUUUAGAAAUAGUUACAGUCAGAAUUCAUAAUAACCUGAAAAAGCUUACUAUUGGAACACCAAAGUCUAUUGAAAGUGAUUCUCCUUUUUCCUCAAAUUCAACUACUCCUUCACCUCUAUGUGAAGAAUCACCUUCAAGAAGUACCAAGAGAGCACUAUCAAAUGAAGACGAAAGCUCAAAUGCAGCAUCUAGCACAACAAGUCCAACUGGACCAAAGAGGGUCAAGAGUAACCACUCCCAAAAUAUGGGCUUGGCUAAUAUUCAACAAUAUGUAAAGGGGCUACGUGAUAAGUGUGGAUUUUCCUUGUUGCAUAUUGCUGCAAUGAAUGGAUUCGAUUUAGCAAUAGAAUUCUUCAAUGAAACAAUAUCAAUGCCUAUCGAUAUGACAGAUAACUACCAAUAUUCACCAUAUCAUUGGUCUUGUUUUUCAGGAAGAGUUUCAACAUCAAAAUUACUCAUCUCAAAAGGAGCCAGUACCACCAGAAGAAACGUUCACUCAGCCACAGGUAUUCAAAUAGCAGAAGCUAAAAAACACAAAACCCUUAUUACUGAAUUAGAACAGGAAUUGGCUCAACAUGCUUGUUCAGUUCUAUCUGAUUUAUACUCCAACUUGUCAGAAUCAGAUAUUCCAUUUACAUCUCAAAAUCGUUCUUCAGGCUUUGACCACUUACCUCAUAAUUUGAAAAUUCCUCAACACAAAGCCACUAAAAGCUUUCCCAAUUCCUCACCAAGACAACAAGGAAGUUCAUCAGGUGAAAGUAACUCACCCAGACCAAAAUUAAUCCCAGCAAAGAAGAAGAAGGAUAAAUCAAGCCCAACAAGCUCACCAUUUGGGAGUUCAAAAAAAAGUGUAAAGAGUAAUGAAGCAUCUCCUGUUAUAACAAGCUCACCAACAGUAGUAGCUAAUUCCCUCUCUCAGAAGAUGGAGCUCUUUAUCAAACCAAGCAGAAAAAAGAGAACGUACAUUUCCUUCUUCCCAAAGGAACUUUGCUCCAGCCCAUACAAGUAUGACAUUUUGUUGAGAAUUCCUUUGAAUUUUACCAAUCAAUUCAAUGAAAGUCAUUUCACUUUCCACUUGAUGAUUCAAGGUUCAGAUAGACAAUGGAUGGCCGUGCCUGAACAGGCUGUUGAAAUUGUAAAGUAUUUGAGAACCAUGUUCCCACUUAAUUUUAGAGAAAUUGAAUGGAGACUCAUGUAUAAGGUUUGCUCAUUCCACUAUGGAAGAAAACCUUUUAAACUCAGAGUUAUUUACAAUACCAAUCUCAAUCCAGAAAGUGCUGUUCCAGUUCCUGAGAACUUUGCUACAAAUAGUGAAGGAAAGGCAACCCUUUCAGAUAAUUCUAUAGUUUAUGAAUCUGAAGAAUUUUAUAUUGUUGCUAGAAAGAAGAAGGAAAAUGAUUAUUUCCAUAAUGAUCUUUCUAAUGGUGAUGAUAUUUCAUCUGUUACAGACCAAUCUCCACUCACUCUUGACCAAUCUCUUAAUGGUGAUGGUCUUUCACCAACAUCUCCAGAUUCUCCUGAUUGUGGACCUAAUAGUGUUUUCCCACGUAGUUCAUCUCCACCACAACCUUAUUCCUACAUUCCUCCAAAUGACAACUUUUCACAAUUCCCAUCCUCCUUGGUAGGUCAAAAUUCAGGCAAUCAAAUGCCACUUCCUCCCCAAAACCUAAUUAAUCCAAUGAGUCAUAAUAUGAUUCCUCAAACAAUUUUGUCUCACCAACAAACUCCUCAACCACCUCGACCAGUUACACAAAGUUUUAAUAAACAAUAA